ACACACACACACACACAAACACACACACACGCGCGCGCUUCCGUCCGUAGUUUACACUUCGAUCGUGUCGGUCUUAAAGAUCACGCGAUGGUCGCGCCAUCCGAAACUCUCGUGAAAUACGACCACCCGGUUCUGGUCAACAAAACCGAGAUGAAAUCACGAAAGCCCACAUCAGAAGCUGCUGAUGGCCCCGGGCAAGGAAUUCAGGAGAUCCUCGACCGCAUCUUCCCACCCAGGGAAUGGACGGAGGGGGAUCAGCGGUGGGUGCAGCAGGUGUCCAGCGCUCCUUUCACCAGAGCCGACGUCAUUCACCUGGAGGAGCUCCUGGACGGGAGGCUGAAGGAGUCGCAGGCCAGAGACACCGGCAUCUGUCCCCAGCGCAGGGGGCUCUACUCCCAGUGCUUCGAUGAGCUGAUCAGACAGGUGACCAUCGAGUGCACCGAGAGGGGCGCGUUGCUGCUGAUGGUCAGGGAUGAGGUUCAGAUGACCCUCGCCGUGUACCAGGCCCUGAAUGAGGGCAGCACGGCUUUCGGGACCAGGAAGGCGCUGCAGGCCGAGCUGGGCAAGGCUGACGAGGAGAAAGCGAUUUGGGAUCUGGAGGAGAAGAAUCGAGAGCUAAAGAGGCAACUGAGCGAUGUGACCGCCGAGAAUGAAGCGAUCGAGGAGAGAGAGAACGAGAGGCAACAAACGGAGGACACGAAGCACGCUGAAGAGAUUCACUUCCUCAACAGAGCUAACGAGCAGUUCAAGAACAAACUGGAAGGAAUCAUUGCAGCAAAGACGUAACUUCACAAAGCCUUUCCUAUUUAAAGGUGAAGGGACAUUUUAUUCUGCGUUAGUAAAGCAUUAACUUGUGAUGAAUCAGUGCAAGAGGUGAUGGCUGAACACAAUCUGUAACUUAGUAAAGUAAAAAGGUAGUUCAUGGACAUAACUUUAACUCAAAUACAAAUAUGUUGAGUGCAUUGUUCUGAUACAUUUCUCCUGUGUUGUUCUUUCACAAAAAAAAAAAAAAUAACAUUAUACAUACAAGUAACAGGUAACCAAUGUUUGGCCAGUUUUGGCAAUUGUCAUUCUGCAUAAUCAUUUUUUCCUUCUUCUAUAUUGAUAUAUUUAGUCUUGUCCUGGUUUUAAAAGCUGCAUUUACAAUAAAGAAAUGGCUUUUUCAUUAUUCAAUAAAUGCAAUAGACACACAGGU